AUGUGGUGCAUCCUGGAGCAAGAGCUCUUUAUUGUGCAGCGCUUGUCAAAGGAAAUUGCGAGCACGAAGCAAUCAUUGAAGCGAUUGCGUCGUGCAGUUUCCAACCUGUUCUUGACAGCUCGGCAGAUUACAAUUGUCUUGGCCGUUUACAUGCUGUCGGAGUAUGACAUCGGGGUUGUGAAGUUUUUGCAGUGGGUUUCGUGGCUUCGAAGCAGAGUUCCGGAAGGCAAACAGGCCGUCUUUAUCAAUGUGGACGAAACUAGCAUAUCUCUGGCGCGGCCAGACCUCAAGGGCAAUAUCGUGCCCGGAAAGUGCUCCUUGCAGCAGAAGGGAAAGCGUACAAGGGGUGCCUUGACCCACGUGGCCAGCAUUUGCAAUCGAUCCGACAUCCAGCCGUGUCUUCCGCAAGUGAUUUUGAGCAACACACGUGUUGUGAGUCAGAAGCUGGCCAAAUCGUUGUUGCCCCUGCAGCCGGAAACAGUGCGAUUGGUACGGGGCAAGACUGGCUGGAGUACAGCUGCUUCCUUCGUAGAGUAUUUGAAAAUGCUUCGAGACGCACUAUCACUGUGGCCAGAGAUUCAACUUAUCCUCGUGAUGGAUUGUGCUCCAGCCCAUCUUGCUGACAGCGUGAUAGUGCAGCGCUUGUCAAAGGAAAUUGCGAGCACGCAGCAAUCAUUGAAGCGAUUGCGUCGUGCAGUUUCCAACCUGUUUUUGACAGCUCGGCAGAUUACAAUUGUCUUGGCCGUUUACAUGCUGUCGGAGUAUGACAUCGGGGUUGUGAAGUUUUUGCAGUGGGUUUCGUGGCUUCGAAGCAGAGUUCCGGCAGGCAAACAGGCCGUCUUUAUCAAUGUGGACGAAACUAGCAUAUCUCUGGCGCGGCCAGACCUCAAGGGCAAUAUCGUGCCCGGAAAGUGCACCUUGCAGCAGAAGGGAAAGCGUACAAGGGGUGCCUUGACCCACGUGGCCAGCAUUUGCAACCGAUCCGACAUCCAGCCGUGUCUUCCGCAAGUGAUUUUGAGCAACACACGUGUUGUGAGUCAGAAGCUGGCCAAAUCGUUGUUGCCCCUGCAGCCGGAAACAGUGCGAUUGGUACGGGGCAAGACUGGCUAG